AUGUCUUUAAACGGACUGGAUGCGCCAGAAGUGCAGCAGGCCUAUGAGGCCACCUUGAGCGAGGCUAACGGGUGGAUUCUGGUGAAAUACAUCUCCCGCGACGAGGUUGCUCUACUUGACCAUGGACAAGCGGGCUUGAGCGAGGCAAGAAACGCCAUUCUGCAGUAUGAGGAAUUGUCGCCUCUGUAUGGACUGGUUGUGUACCGGCGCCGAAAAGUGCUCGUUAAAUAUGUGCCCGAGGGAACAUCGCGGUUAUUGCAAGCGCGGACAGCGGUUCACCUCCGGGAGGUCCAGGACAUAUGGGCGCCGUACGAGACGAUGCUCGAGAUUGAGACGGCUGACGAGCUGAACGACACGGCUCUGGCAGCGGCCUUUCCUCUACACACCGCCUCGCCCGCACUGUCCAGCAAUCAAUUCUCCUUGAAUGAGAUCACCGAAGACAACGAGGAUGUCGACGGCACUCCCAAGCCGCUGACCCACACUCCGUCCAUAUCGUCGGUGUCGAGCAGGAAGCCCACGCUUGAAAAGCGACCCCCGUCCCAGCGUUCUUACCGCGCCCCUUCUUUCACGAGUGCCCAAGCCGCCGGCGACCGUUCGCCUGUCGUGAAGCACAAGUCAUCCUUGUCACAAUUUCUGGUCCGGGAAGAGCUAGGACACAAGUCAGUCACACAAUUGGAUGGACAUCCGGCGACCGAAGACAGCGUCUCGAUCAAAGACGACGCAGCCUCAAUACGCAGCAGCCGUACCGAGUCGGCUGUUCCCUUGACUUCUCCCACACGGACACAUGCCAAUGAGUCGGCCGACUACGACUUGGAAAGAUAUCUUGAUUCGUUCUUCAAGCCAAAGAUCAAGCUUGGUCCGCGUCCGGUCAACGUCGUCGAGAAAGGCAAGCACACGUCGGCCUCGGCUUCCGUGUCGAGUCUUCCUGCUGGUGUCCAAUUCAGACCAAAACAGCCCCUGUCGCAACCGCAACCGCAAUAUCCCACCAUCCGGAAUCCCCCUACGGGAAGUGCAGCGCCGCCGAGGCUGCCCUCCCUCCAUUUCUCUCCUCAGAUUCCUGACAUUCCCGAGUUCCUGCCCCCACGGCCCAAUUCAAGAGGCAGCUCUCGCUCUUUGCCAGCUCCGCGUGCAUCCAAGACAUAUCUGACUCCCGAGAAGCAGCGGCUCAUGAAGGCACUCGAGAUGAAAAAGAAACAGAUGAGAAAUACACCAUCUGUGGAAUCAAUGCCACGGCUACCCCCUGCCCAAGUUGUCAGCCCAACGACUACUGACCCGAGCCAACUCCAGGCACGGGAGCUGCAGCGCGAGCCGGGCUCGAACAAGGCUGAUUCUGGUAUCGACAUUACGCAUACGCCCACUGCCAAAGAGGCUCCUACUUCACUUGUACAAGAGGAUUUGGGUCCAGUAGCUGAGGCACCCGUCGGACAAUCUAACAUCCUUCUAGAAGCACAAGAAAUUUCGGCAAAUGAUCACCCAUCAAAUUCUGUUGAACACUCUACUACGCAGGAGAUCAUCAGCACCACCUCGGACAAUAUAGCUCUAGUCCCACAAUCCAUUGAGCCAGAACAGCCAUCAAAGGCCGGUGAGGCCGAGCUUGCCAUUCACAACCAGGAACACAUAGCUGCGCACGGGCCAGACACAAGGGUAGAAGAAUCCACAGGCUCACUUGUAGACGGUACUGUCACUGAGGCUCGAACUCACAUUCCUUCCGACAACUUGGUAACAGUGCAAGAGUCUGAAAAGCUGGUUGUUCCCACGAUCUCUGGUGAACAGACCCAGUCAGAGUCACAGGAACCAACUCCUCAAUCUGCGUCCGAGGAUCCCCGGGAGCACGACAGUUGUGAGCCAGAAAUUGAGACCGGUUCAGAAGAUCAACAGAAGAAGCGCCGCAGGGGUCUGUUGGAGCCUCUGCACAUUCAAGUACGCCUUGAACGUCAUACCUCCGAGCACAAAUUCCUUGCAGACGACGAUUUCAUGGACGAACUACAGACUGCUACCUUCGAACAGGCUACCCCAGUCGCCAUGUCGAAGUCCCCUGCAAGUCCUUUCUUCCCUCCAAGGCGCCCCAGCUCGAGAUCUGCCAAAUCAUCCAACUCGGUCACUACGGCGGUCUCUGCAGAAUCUGUACCCCUUGUGCCUUCUGUCAGUGACACUCUAGAGAAGCGUCAAAUCGCUCCUGAAUUGCUGGUGCCUUCGUCUGAACCACAAGUCGCUAUUCCAACUAGAACGCCAUCGAUCUCUUCGGUAAGAACGACAGAUUCAGCUCCUUUGAUGCGCAAAUCGAAUGUGUCUUCUGGUAUAUCUGCAAGAAUCGCUGCCCUUGCCGAGAAGUCAACCAGAGAUGGAAGUCCUCCAGUGGUUCCUGAAUCUCGCAAAUUGUCUGCUAGUUCAACCAUCGCACAACGCAAGAGCUCGUACAUUGAGCAAUCGGCCGAGGCUCAAGCUAUUGGUGGUGCUGAGAAAAGGCACGUUGGAAAGCUGUCUGUCUGGCCUGCUGCUACGCCAUCCAACCCGACAAGCUCAAAGACCAGAAACGCACAAUCCAACAAUCGUGAUUCAGUUUCGGUCACUGCACGCAUCGUCCGUGUGCCACGGGCAGGAGAGCCGGCCAAAGCAUCCGAACUCCAGGCUUCACCUCUUCUGUUUAAUCACGAGCGUUCUGCACAGGGUAACAUUGACAAUACUCUCGCCUCGAUUGACACCACCUCCAAACCUGUCCAGGGAGAAAAUGAUAGUGUCAUGUCGCCACACAGCAGAGAUGGCAUAACUUCUCGCGGCUCAAUCGACACCAGCGCUACAGGCAGGCGCAAAUCGUUCGAUCGCAAGUCAUUCAAGAGUGUGAAUGGUCCCUCCAGUCCGAAGAAGAAUGCAUUAAAGCAGAGUGCGACCAUGCCACCACUAGACAACAGUCUCGACAAGACUAGCCGCACUAGCAGGUUCUUCAAGCGUAUCUCUCAUCUUGGUAAGGACAAGAAGAAGAGCGCUCCACAAGUGCCCACAAUAACGACUACUCCCUCCGAGCCCAUGUCUCCCACCUCUAUCACUCGAUCAGGACCAACCAGCCCUGCCGUUGUCGCUUCUGUCCCCGAGCCAGUUCAGGAGCCGAAGACUGAACUUGCACCUCCACCUGUUGCUCGCAACCCAGCAGUCGCUGCUGUUUCGGCACCCAAGCCUCGCCCAGAUUCCAUUGAUGUUCCUCCUCCAGUGUCGAUCGGAGAUUUUAACGUACAGUUCCCAGAUGCAAUGCUCUGGAAGCGACGCUGGAUUCAGAUCGACAACACUGGUCAUCUUAUCUUUACCGCGGCUGCUCGCCACAGCAGUAUUUCAAAAUCGUUCAACUCAAAGUUUCAUCUCAAGGAACUGGGCCCUCCCUUCAUCCCCGAUUUGGAUAGACAAGAGAUGCCACACAGUGUGAUCUGUGAUCUUGUGCAGGGAGAGGGUUCUAUCCAAUGUGCCAGUGAGGAUGCCAUGUCGCAACGCCAACUUUUGUCUCUUCUUACUACUUACCACCAAGCCUGGCAAGCUGCUUAA